AUGUCAUCAUCUUACGAGCCCUUCCGCAGUCAUCCUCAGCGUGAUGGCGAUGUGGACGAAGCUUCUGAGAAGUUGAUCGCACCUGAUGCUCACGAAAGGAACGCCAACAAUAUUCGGCUUCAACGGGACAAGCCCGCCCAUGGUAAAGCUACCCGAGGUAAACACGCACGUGUUGGACUUCGCGUCAUUGCUCUCAUCAUCGCAAUCACCAUCCUCGGCGUUCAAGUUCAUUCCGCUUCCGUUUGGUUGUCUACACGAAAUCAAUACUUCUUCAAUAACACGACCAAGUUAAAUACUCGUUCCUGGGCUAUUAUCGAUGGAUGGCCAACGUGGGUCAUGAUAGCCGCUGCGGUUGUUGCCACAGUAAUACAGCUUAGUGCUCUGACUAGUCACUUGUGUGUUUGUCUUGUCGAUAGACAUGGCUCUCGUUUGCACGCCGUGAGCGUUUACAUUACAUCCGCUAUUCUUAUCGCCUUUUGGAUCCCAGCGAUGGUAUAUUUCAAAUUGGCCAACUCCCAAGGCAAGCAAAAGUCUAUGUGGGAUAUUUGGACUUGGAGUUGUCAUGAACAGAAUGUCAAGGGAACGAUCCCGUGGAAAGCUUUGUGCGUGGAACAGAAGUACACCUGGUCUGCGUCCAUCGUUGUGGUUGUAAUUGAGAUCUUGGUCCUCAUCCUCUUCAUUUACAAUCGUCGAGGCCUGAAGAGCGUUCAGGCUGGGAAAGGUAGAUUUAGCUUGAUCCCGAGCUGGGGAAGAUAA